GAUUGAUGGAUUGUAGUGUCUUUUUCGCGAUUUACUCGACCCUAUCAAAGUAGUCGUGUGCACGAGUGAAAUUCGUUAUCAACAUGACGCACGCCAUGAAGAGAGUUUCGAUCAUUUCCAUCUCGGAGCGAAUGAAAAUACCAACGACUCAACCGAAAGCAUGGUUCGGACGUAGACACGAGCAGGUCGUUUUAAUGGCCUUAGGCUUCAUGUGCUGCUAUGCUAUUAGAGUCACCACGUCCGUGACAUUGGAAGCGAUGACAAAUGCUUCCUCUGCGAAUCCUGACUUCGAAGAAUUUCCAUGGGACAAUUCGACCAAGGAUACAAUUCUGAGCUCCUUUUUCUGGGGUUACAUAUGCACACAAGUUAUUGGAAGUAUAAUAGCACAACGUUGGGGUGCCCAGAAACUUUACGCGCUGGCUCAGCUUAUAUGCGGUUUGGUAACCCUUUGUAUACCCGUUGCCGCCACUUACUGCGGCUGGGAAGCUGUUUGCUGUUUUAGAGUUAUCGCCGGUCUCUGUCAAGGGACUGUACUUCCAUGCCUUCAUACGUUACUUUCAAAGUGGGCACCCGUGGAGGAAAGAGGGAGAAUGUCGACCUUCGUUUAUGCCGGAGGUUGGAUCGGGAACGUGAUCUGUUUGCUAAGUUCGGGUGUACUGUCAGCAUCCGCUUUGGGGUGGCCUAGCGUUUUCUACUUCUGGGGAAGUUUCACUGCUAUCUCUGGUAUCAUCUUCUUUAUCAUUGGCAAGGAAUCGCCAGCCGUCCAUUCUAGAAUACCUCACGAUGAAAAAGAAUAUAUCGAAACUAGCCUUGGUGCGACCGAAACAGAGGAGAUAUUACCAACUCCGUGGUUUGCGAUGUUGACUAGUCUUCCAAUGUGGGCACUACUGAUUACACAAUCCGCUCAGAAUUGGGGCUUUUGGAUGCUUUUAACGAAAAUUCCUUCGUACAUGGGAUCCGUCUUGGGUUAUAAUAUCAAACAAAAUGGUAUGCUGACUGCACUACCGUACUUCACGGCAUGGAUUUGUAGUUUUCCAAUUAGUUAUUUCUCGGAUAUUCUCAUCAGACGAAAUGUAUUUAGCAUUCAAACUUCGAGGAAAGUUUGCAACACGAUCGGUCAAUGGAUACCGGCGGCUGCAUUAAUCGGUCUUGGAUAUGUUGAUAAGGAACGACCUGAUGUAGCGAUAGCGAUUUUAGUUAUUGCCGUUGCUUGUAAUAUUGCGAUUUACUGCGGUCAUAACGUGAAUCAUAUGGAUCUCAGUCCAAAUUUUGCUGGUAGUUUAAUGGGAGUUACAAACACGGCUGCAAAUGUAUGCAGCAUUUUGGCUCCUCUUGCUGCCAGUGUUGUCGUCAAAGAUCCGACUAGUGUUUUAGAGUGGAGAAAUAUAUUCUUUUUGUCAGCUGUAAUAUAUUUCCUUGGGAAUCUUUUAUUUAUUUUAUUUGGCACGAGUAAAAUUCAAAAAUGGAACGAUCCUGUGGAAAAAACUAAAGACACCGUUUUGAACGCGGUAACAGAAUCAUCGAUGAAAAAUGGGUACACGCAAAAAACGAAAGCCGCCGAACAUGCGGAAAUCGAAAAAAACGUAUAACACAGCCAUGACACUAAGAAAAACGUAAUGUUUAACGAUAAAUUUGACGAUAUUUCAUUUAUUGUAACUGAUGUGAGUGAAAAACAUGUAUAAAGUUAUUAUUUAUUACACCUAUUUUUCUCAUUAUAUUGUAGAAAAGGAUUUCAAUAUGUGACUACUGUAUAUAAAUAUUCUUAUGAAUGUAUUAUAUUUAUUUAUUAUAAAAGUAUAGUAUAAUUAAGUUUAUGUUAAUUUUCGAAAAUACUGUAUUACAAAAAGCAUUGAUGUGAUUUCACCUUAAAGUAUACUUAUGUAAUAAAAAUGCAUUUUAAUUGUA